CUUAUUUACUCAAAUCAUCUCUCUACCUUCUCCCUUACUCCUCUGUAACAAUCUUAUCCUCCCUUUUCACAUGUUAGGUUUUAUUCUAAUUUCUUUUGGUUCUUGAUUGAUAAGUUUCAUGUUGAUGUUAUCUCUGCGGUCGAAUUCUUGUUGGUUGGUUUGGUUUUAAUUCUAUGAUCCUGUUUUAUUUAUUUAUUUAUAUUUGUUUUUUUUGUAUUGAUGUUUUCUGUAAAUUUCAAAUGCUGGUUAUUGGAUUGGUGGUAGUCAAUUUAACUUGAAUUGCUGUGAAAAAGAAACAAAAGAAGCAAUAUGGCACUUACUUGGACUCAUAAAGACAGAGGUGAAAUUAGAGUUCACGAGGAUUUGGAGGAACUAAGCAUAGACUUGGUAGAUUAUAUAGCUGAGAUGUCAGAAGCCUCAAUUAAAGAACAUGGUGCUUUCUGCAUUGUAUUAUCAGGAGGCUCUCUCAUUAACUUGUUGGGAAAAUUGGUUGAGACACCUUACAACAAGAUUGUAGAUUGGGCUAAAUGGUAUGUUUUUUGGGCGGAAGAGCGCGUGGUAAGUAAGAACCAUGACGAUAGCAACUACAAGCUCGCCAAGGAUAAUCUCCUCUCUAAGGUUAAUGUGUUUCCGAGACAUAUAUGUUCUAUUAACGAUACGGUCUCGGGGGAGGAAGCUGCAACAAAGUAUGAGUUCGCCAUAAGACAGAUGGUGAAAACACGAACCGUGACUGCGUCUGAGAUUAAUGACUGUCCCAAGUUUGAUCUUAUCUUGCUUGGGAUGGGCUCUGAUGGACAUGUAGCCUCGCUCUUCCCGAACCACCCAGCACUUGAGGUGAAAGACGAUUGGGUUACGUACCUAACCGACUCACCUAAACCGCCACCAGAGAGAAUCACAUUCACUUUGCCAGUCAUUAACUCAGCUGCUAGAGUUGUUGUAGUUGCAACGGGCGAAUCCAAAGCCAAUGCUGUUCACUUAGCGAUAGAUGAUUUGCCCUCACUAGAAAGGUCUCUUUCCCUGCCUGCUAGGCUGGUCCAACCAAGCAGUGGGAAUCUGAUCUGGUUUAUGGAUAAACCAGCAGGAUCUAAACUUGACGGAUUUAAGUUCCCUGAGUAGGAUUUAGAUUAUCUUCUUUUUUUCCAAAAGCAAAUGGCUCUUAACAUCAGUGAUGACCCAUUUUGUAUGAAGAGUAUCAGGUUUAAAAACAUGUUUUUAAAUAAAAAAAAAUUCAAAAGAUUAUGUAUAAAUAUUCCUAAUAAGCAUCUAGGAUUUGA